CGUCGGACGGUGACGAUAGCCGAUAGGGUUCAACGACGAUUCUUUGAAUUGCAGGAAAAAAUCUGUUGAGCUUUAGUGAAGAAGAUAACAAAAAAAUGGCGGUGAUGGUUUCGACGAAUGCCUUCGUUAACGCCUCGUAUCUAGAUGAAAGUCGGAGUUUUCGCUGGAAUUCUCGUCGGAAGCCGGUGUUACCUCAAGCGUGUUUUAACUGCCGGCGAUUCGUUCGCCUGAAUUCGAGGAAAUCGAAGGCAAAUGUAGUCUUCUGUUUGAAUUUAAACGCGAAGGAGGUGGGUUUGCAAACUCCGGGUGAUGGAGGUUUUGAAUUCAAACCCAGUUUUGAUCAGUACCUGCAAAUCAUGGAAACGGUUAAAACGGCGCGGAAGAAGAAGAAAUUCGACAGAUUGCUCAAAGAUAAAGCUGAGGAUGAUGGCGGAGGAGGUAAAAAUUAUGAUAGAGGUGAUUCAGAAGUGAGAAUUGGGGUUUCUGAUAGACGAUUUGAGUUGAGAAGGAAUGUUGAAGAUGUGAAGACUAAGAGUGGUGACCCAAAAGAUGAAGGUUUCAGGAAAAGAUACGCGAGGCAGGAGAUGGUUACCGAUAAACGUAAUGAGAGAGGUUUCAAGAGGAAUGAAGAAAGUGGAAUUCAGAGGAUAAUCAAAGAUGCGAAAUGGAGGAAGAGUGGUGAAUCUUCUUCAGUGACUGCGCCAGAAGAUGAGAGCUUCAGGAGAAAGUACGCGAAACAGGAGAUUGUAAGGCAUCACAGUUCCUCUGAUACAUCGAGAGGGACUGAGAGAAUUACCAAAGGAGAUGAAUUGGAACUCGUUGUUGAAGAAAGGAGAAGAAUAACCAAAGAUGGAACUUGGAGUAAGAGUGGUGAGUCUUCAGUGAUUACACCAAAAGAUGAGAGCUUCAGGAGACACUACUCGAAGCAGGAGAUGGUUAAGUAUCAGCGUUUCCCUGAUGCAUCGAAAGAUAUUGGGAGUAGUUCCAAAGGAGAUGGACUGGAUCUCCUCGCUGAAGAAAGGCGAAUUGAGAGAUUAGCCAACGAGAGGCAUGAUUCAAGAAGCAGCAAAUUGAGUAGAACGAGGAGAAUGGGUGGUGAUGAUGAUGAGGAUACCUUGUUUGACAUGGAAAGUCCUGCCUUUAGGUUUACAGAUGAGUCCAGUGACAUAGUGGACAAGCCAGCUACUUCACGACUCGAAAUGGAAGACAGGAUCGAGAAGUUAGCCAAAGUGUUGAAUGGUGCAGACAUCAAUAUGCCUGAGUGGCAGUUUUCCAAGGCGAUCCGGAGUGCAAAAAUCAGAUAUACGGAUUACACUAUAAUGAGACUGAUCCACUUUCUAGGGAAACUUGGAAACUGGAGACGAGUUCUUCAAGUCAUUGAGUGGCUUCAAAGGCAAGACCGUUACAAUUCCAACAAGCUAAGAAUCAUCUAUACAACUGCACUAAAUGUGCUUGGUAAGUCAAGGAGACCUGUGGAAGCUCUCAAUGUAUUCCAUGCAAUGCUGUUACAAAUCUCAUCAUAUCCGGAUAUGGUAGCAUACCGUUCAAUUGCAGUCACACUUGGACAAGCUGGUCAUAUCAAGGAACUCUUUCAUGUGAUUGACACAAUGCGGUCUCCACCUAAGAAGAAGUUCAAGCCAACGACACUUGAAAAAUGGGAUCCCCGGCUUGAACCAGACGUCGUUGUUUACAAUGCGGUGCUCAACGCAUGUGUUCAACGGAAGCAGUGGGAGGGAGCAUUCUGGGUUUUGCAACAGUUGAAGCAAAGAGGGCAGAAACCUUCUCCUGUCACAUAUGGCCUCGUUAUGGAGGUGAUGCUUGCAUGUGAGAAAUACAAUUUAGUUCAUGAAUUCUUCAGGAAGAUGCAGAGGUCCUCUAUCCCUAAUGCUCUAGCAUAUAGAGUUCUUGUUAAUACUCUGUGGAAAGAAGGUAAAACCGAUGAGGCCAUACAAACGGUUGAGGAUAUGGAAAGCCGUGGUAUCGUUGGAUCGGCUGCUCUUUACUACGACCUUGCUCGAUGUCUAUGUAGCGCAGGAAGGUGUAGUGAAGGGCUUGAUAUGAUUAAGAAGAUAUGUAGAGUUGCAAAUAAGCCUCUUGUGGUGACUUACACUGGUUUGAUCCAAGCAUGCCUUGACUCGGGGAACAUCAAGAACGCAGCCUACAUCUUCGAUCAAAUGAAGGAGGUGUGCAGCCCGAACCUGGUCACUUGCAACAUAAUGCUAAAAGCUUAUCUACAAGGCGGGUUGUUCGAAGAAGCCAGAGAGCUUUUCGAGAAGAUGUCAGAGGACGGAGGUCAUAUAAAAAGCCGCUCGGAUUUCGAAUCAAGAGUGUUGCCUGACACGUACACGUUCAACACGAUGCUAGACUCUUGCGCUGCACAGAAGAAGUGGGAUGAUUUCGGUCAUGCGUAUCGGGAGAUGUUGCGUCACGGAUACCAUUUCAAUGCGAAACGCCAUCUCAAAAUGGUGCUUGAAGCUAGCAGAGCAGGAAAGGAAGAAGUGAUGGAAGCGACAUGGGAACACCUGAGACGGAGUAAUAGGAUUCCUCCGUCGCCUCUAAUCAAAGAAAGAUUCUGCAGGAAACUCGAGAAAGGUGAUCAUGUUUUGGCGAUAGCGUCUCUGUCUGAUCUUAGUGGCAACAUCGAGGAGACGGAGCUACGAGCAUUUUCAACGGACGCGUGGUCGAAGGUCUUGUACCGGUUUGAGAAAGAUUCAGUUUUGAGACUAAUGGACGAUGUGAACAGACGCGUGGGUUUGAGAAGCGAGUCCUCGGAUUCGGUUUUGGUGAAUCUAUUGAGUUCUUGUAAAGAGUUUCUCAAGAACAGAAAACAAGUCUUGUAAGUUAUUGCGAUAUCUUGUCACUAUAUGAUUGAAUUAAUAGAAUUUAGAAGUUUAAAUUACGUAUACGCUUCGAUAAG